CUAAAAUUUGAUUAGGUUCCGAAUCAGUGGAAAGUUUAAACACUGAUAAGGCUUCGGAUUUGAAUAGUGUCACAUUUGGGGCAAAAUGAGGACUCUUUUAGUACUGCUGUGUGUGACAGGACACCAUUUAGCUUUAGGUAUUCCUAUCUAUGGUUUUGAGGGCGCGAGCAGUGCCGUACAGACAGGGCGCACCCUGCACUAUAAAGUUGACAUAGCCAAGUGUGACCUAAUCACUGGUUCGGCCAUAAUCCCGGAGUUUGCCGAGACGUUCGGAGGUCACGUGACAACAUGGCGGAGUUUCAAUGACAGGGAUAUAUCGGAUGAACCAUUCCUUGCUUUCUUCGACCAGAAAAUGUUGUUUAAUAAUACAGGUGGGUUGAUGCAGGUGUCCCGAGAGGUUGAGGUGUGGGGAAACAACAGCGCCAUUGUCACCACCGUCCUCUACACCCCGGACUUCCGCACCGUACACGACAUGUACAUACACCGCUGCUCGCUCACCGCGGAAAAUAAGACUGGUGCAAUAUCGUUCAACGCUCCUGAGGAGGGGCCAGCACGUUUACACGGGUUCGCUGAGUUGCUUGAGGCCCUGGAAGGGGGAAGCUAUGUCCACUUCAUGGCCAUGACCUUCAUCUGCCAUGGGGGCAGGGAACACUCAUUCUCUAACUUCGGUGGCCAUAUUCAAAACUACGAAUUAGGUCGUGGGGAGGUGGUGAGCGUGGGUGAAGGCAUCCGCAGCUACGUCCAGCAACUUGUGCACUACGAUCGCCGGGCCGCUAGUCACGUGGUUGACGUCGUCUCUAUAUGGAUGUAUAGUAACCGGACGGUAGAGAUCGUGGACACGCGGGGAUUGCCCCCGUUCACGGACCUUGGCCACAAGCACGUGUCCUACUGCUAUCUUGACAACGGCGCACCCGGAGCUUCAUUCGAAAUUUACGCCUGAUUUGGAAACUAACGGCUUUUAAAAAAAGGCUAUGCGCCAGGUGGUCCUAAAAUCGGCAUAAAUAGCGUUUAAUACUAAAUUAUA